AUGAUGGUGAUGAUGGAGGCUCAGUCUUGUAUUCUUCUUACUAUUAUUAUGGUGAUUUCUUUAACAAUUGUUUCUGCAAACAACGGAGUAUUUAGCGUCAAAUACAAAUAUGCUGGACGUCAACGUUCUCUCAGUGACCUAAAAGCGCACGACGAUCAACGACAGCUCCGUAUUCUCACCGGCGUCGAUCUUCCCCUCGGCGGCACCGGUCGUCCCGAUACCCUCGGGCUAUAUUAUGCUAAGAUAGGGAUUGGAACUCCGUCGAAGGACUACUAUGUACAAGUGGAUACAGGAAGUGAUAUUAUGUGGGUUAAUUGUAUUCAAUGCAGAGAAUGCCCUCGAACUAGCUCCCUUGGUAUAGAUCUUACUUUAUAUAAUAUAAAGGACUCGGACACUGGGAAGUUGGUUCCUUGUGAUCAAGAGUUUUGCUAUGAGAUAAAUGGGGGUCCGUUAUCUGGCUGCAUAGCCAAUAUGUCUUGUCCGUAUCUUGAGAUUUAUGGAGAUGGGAGUUCCACUGCUGGUUAUUUUGUCAAGGACGUUGUGCAGUAUGCUAGAGUUUCUGGUGAUCUCAAAACUACUGCAGCAAAUGGAAGUGUUAUAUUCGGGUGUGGUGCUAGACAAUCAGGAGAUCUAGGGUCAUCUAAUGAAGAAGCACUUGAUGGGAUACUUGGUUUUGGAAAAUCAAAUUCAUCGAUGAUUUCACAACUGGCAGCAACUGGAAAAGUGGAGAAGAUAUUUGCUCACUGCUUAGAUGGUACAAAUGGAGGUGGAAUAUUUGCCAUUGGCCAUGUUGUGCAACCAAAAGUUAACAUGACUCCUUUGAUACCAAACCAGCCCCAUUACAAUGUCAAUAUGACGGCAGUUCAAGUUGGUCGUGAUUUCCUAAAACUUCCAACAGAUGUAUUUGAGGCAGGGGACAGAAAGGGUGCUAUAAUAGACAGUGGUACAACCUUAGCUUAUCUUCCAGAAAUGGUUUAUGAGCUGUUAGUGAGUAAGAUAAUCUCUCAGCAACCUGAUCUGAAAGUUCAUACUGUUCAUGAUGAAUAUAAAUGUUUCCAGUACUCUGGGAGGUAUAGUAUCCAAAAUGACAGAUCAAGGGCUUUUGGUGAGAAUCUGCUAACACAUUGCAUACACAGAAGGCUGGGAGAUAAUUUGUUUUCAAAAAAGAAAAACAAGUAUUCUGAAGCCAAAUGCUCUUGGACAGGCAGUGGAAUUGCGUCUGGAAUACCUCUGACCAUACUUAGGCCAGUGGACUAUAAGUUUUUAACCACCUCUCAUCUGUAUGGAUCAUUAAAGCAUCUGUCAUCGUCCAUGUGUGGUUGCUAUAUUGUUCUUCGUUUAUUGAACCUGGCUUCUGCCUUUUGCGAGGACAAAAGUGGGGUAGAAAAGUCAUACUCAAUCACUGAACUUCCAAGUCUUACAGAAAGUGUCACAAACAUUCUUCCAAAUCCUACUCUUCUAGGGACAUCCAAGUUAUCGGCGUAG